GGGAGGAGCCGCUGCCUUCGGCGCCCCCGCCGCCGCGAUGAACCUCAGCCGCCUGUGCCGCUUGGUGAAGCCGGCGCUGCUGUGCGGGACUCUAGCCGCGUCCGGUCUGGCCAGCACCAUGUGCGCGUCCCGAGACGACUGGCGCUGUGCUCAGUCUAUGCAUGAGUUCUCCGCCAAGGACAUCGACGGACGCACGGUUAACCUGGACAAGUACCGGGGCUUCGUGUGCAUCGUCACCAACGUGGCCUCGCAAUGAGGCAAAACAGACGUAAACUAUACUCAGCUUGUCGACCUGCACGCCCGAUACGCUGAGUCCGGUUUACGGAUCCUGGCCUUCCCUUGCAACCAGUUCGGGAGGCAGGAGCCAGGGAGUAACGCGGAGAUCAAAGAGUUCGCUGCCGGCUAUAAUGUCAAGUUCGAUAUGUUCAGCAAGAUCUGUGUGAACGGGGACGACGCUCACCCGCUGUGGAAGUGGAUGAAAGUCCAGCCCAAGGGGCGGGGCAUGCUGGGAAAUGCCAUCAAAUGGAAUUUCACCAAGUUCCUCAUUGACAAGAACGGCUGUGUGGUGAAGCGGUAUGGUCCCAUGGAAGAGCCCCUGGUAAUCGAGAAAGACUUGCCGUGCUACCUCUAGCUCCACAAGUAUGCGCCCCCCCACAGCCCUGCCCCUCGGAGCCUUCCACCCGGCACCCAUGACGGUCUGCCUGAAAACCAGCCCGCUGGUGGGGCAGACCCGAGAACCCGGCGUGCACCCCUCGCCGGAGGAAGGUUCCUCGGCCCGGCUCGAGGCUUGGCGCCCCCCCCCAACCCCCUGGUUAUCUUGUGGGAAUAAAACAUCCACAUUGGCUU